GACAAUGGCGCAUGUCGAGCAAUUAAAGCAGCUCAUCGGGGUCACGUUGGUUGCGAAGCUACCAAACGAAUUUUACGGGAGUUUUUCUGGUGGCCGAAUAUGGCAAAACAAGCAGCUCUAUUCGUAUCUAAUUGCGAAAUAUGCCUGGUUAUAUCUAAAAGGAAUCCUCCUAUACCUCUUUCCAGUAGACAACUUCCAGAUGGACCAUGGGAAAUUUUACAAAUUGACUUUUUGUCCUUACAUGGCUACGGAUCCGGUGAAUUUCUCUUAACCGUAGACACCUACUCCCGUUAUUUACAUGUUUCUGAAAUGAAACAAACUGAUGCCAGAAGUACUAAUGCUGCCCUUUGUAGAGUAUUUUCAGUUUGGGGGCUACCCCUCAUCAUACAGAGCGACAACGGACCUCCUUUCCAGGGAUCAGAAUUCAUCGAAUAUUGGGAAAGUAAAGGAGUGAAAGUCCGGAAAUCGAUCCCUUUAAGCGCGCAAUCCAACGGAGCCAUCGAAAGGCAAAACCAAGGAGUUAUUAAAGCCUUGGCAGCGGCAAAACAAGAAGGUAGGCCCUGGAGAAUGGCGUUAGACGAGUACAUCCACGCUCACAACACACGGAAGCACCAUUCACGGUUAGGAGUGACGCCGUUCGAGCUGUUAGUCGGUUGGCGAUAUAGAGGAACAUUUCCGUGUUUAUGGAACUGGAAAAACAAAUUAGACAGAAAUACGGUCCGAGAAAAUGAUGCGUUUUCAAAACUGGUUAGCAAGCAGUUUGCUGAUAGUCGUCGAGGAGCGAAGGAAAGUAACAUAAUGGUAGGCGAUAUCGUAUUGACUACUGUUUUACAAAGAUCUAAGACAGAUCCUACUUUUUCGAAGGAGAGGUUCACAGUGUUAGCAAGGGAGGGAGCAAAAAUCGUUUUAAUUAAUGGGAAAGGUGAGAAGUUAACUAGAAACAUACAAGAUGUAAAAAGGGUCCCCAAUGGGGCAACAGAACAAUCAAUUGAGGAGGAAUUAGUAGAUCCAAUUGAAACUACAGAAAUCGAUUAUAGCGAGAGUGAUCAUUUAAAAAGACCCAAAAGAAUCAUACAAGUCCCUAAGAAAUACAAAGACUCAAUUAUGUAUCAUAUUUGCUACCAAGAGUAGGGGUGAUGGAAGAUGUAGGGAUCAAGAGUGAGAGAGAGAAGUUUAGCGAAAUCAGAGAGAGCGAAAAUAUUGAAACAUGCAAAAAUGAGGAUAAGAGAGGAGAGAUUGGACGAAAGCAGAGAUAGAGAUGAAGAAGGCGCGUGGAAAAGGAGACGGACGUCUACCGGUAGUUAGCGGUAGCUGGGAUCAAGAGAGAGUGAACUCCGAGAGUGAAUCGAGAGAGAGAGAGUGUGAGAGAGGGAUAGAUCGUGAGAUCAGGGAGAGAAGACAAGUCAGGCGACAGGGAGAAAUAAAGGAGCCUCGGGUCAGUCUUGUGGUUGAUCGCAAAGAGAUCGGUUGAGCGUGAAACAACAACAACAAAAAAAAAGAAAUUGAAAAAAAAAAAAAA